CAUAGAAGAAAACAUUGAAUUGUGAAAUGAUGUACGCACUAUUAAAGCAGAGUAAGUUGAGUGAUACACGUUUGCAUAUGUACCAAGAUUACUUGUGAAGUUGAAUGGAAAUUUGUUACACAUUUAUCAACUAUCAAAGAAUGGAAUUCACGUAAAGCUAUUCAUUUAAUUUUCAACUUUUAAAGAAACCAGAAAGGAUACGAGGACGUAUUUUACCAUUUGUACUCGCAAGUGUCAUCUUCGUUUUAAUAACGUCUAUAACGCAUUUAAGCACAUCAUACCAAAACUUACGUUCUGCAGUUCCAAUGAUGUGUUGUUAAUACUUGGUUUAAAUAUUAAAGUAAAUUGUAGAAUGUUGACCUAUUAUCAAACUCAAAGUUUUAACUCACUGAAAACAAAAGAAACAUAGUUUAUGGAAUGGAGUCUAAUAGUAACUAUAAAUAUGGUGUUAAAUCCACUUUUUCACAAUGUUUAGCGUUAGUCGGAGCUGGAUUCUUACAAGUCGGAGUCGGCACAGAGCUGAUUUGUUCGACAGUCAUCAUUGGAGCAUUAUCAGACCAUUCGAAUGAAAAUGAAUGGCUAACCAUGACCAAUGAGCAGAUGUCUUGGUUUGGAAGUCUGUUGUACCUGUGCACGCCCCUGGGCAGCCUGAUGGCGUCGUUGGUACUGGAUCGGCUUGGCCACAAGAAUUGCAUGAUAAUCACCAACAUACCGUACUUGGUGUCUCAGAUCAUGUUUUUCUAUGCCGAAAACGUGGAGACCAUGUACGCGUGCUCGAUAAUGAUGGGUCUGAGCGUGGGAUUCUCGGGCGGCCCGUUUUCCGCGUACAUAGGCGAAGUGUGUGAACCGAAGCUCAGGGGUGCCCUGAUGUGUGCUACAAAUGUGUUCUUCUUCAGCGGUUCGCUCCUGUUCGCCACCAUCUACGCCAUCACCAGACAGUGGAGGUUGACCGUACUCAUCAACAUGGCCAUACCGAUCAUAACUAUUGCGAUUUUGUGCAUGAGUCCGGAUUCUCCGAUGUGGUUACUGUCCAAGGGCAAAAACGAAAAAGCUCAACGGACGCUUGGCAAGUUACGGGGAUGGGUGACACACGAUAAGUGUUCAAACGAAUUUCAUGAAAUGGUCGUGUUCAUGUCUGCAAAUAAAAACUCGUCAAACGAUAAAAACGGCAAAAAUGAUUCCGAAAGUUCUUGGAAACAACUGCUUCAGCCAGACGUGCUCAAACCUUUUCGUCUACUGCUGAUAUACUUUUUCUUUUCAAACUUGUUAUCCGGAGUACCGUUCGCACCGUAUCUAGUAGAAGUAUUUAUGACGUUUGGCGCCGACGUCGACGUCCAAUGGACCAUAGCGUUUUCUUUGGGCAUAGCCAUAGUUGGAGGCAUAUUGACUGUUUUCUUGGUGAACAGGCUUGGAAAACGAUUUCUCACUUUAACGACGUUGUCGAUUUGUUCUAUUUGUUACAUAUCAAUUGGAUUGAUUGGCGUCUAUUGGACGGGUUCAAGGCAAAUAAAAUCUUGGUUAUUACUAACAUGCUUCCUCAUUAGUACGUUUGUGGCAUCGUUCGGCAUAAUGCCUAUCGGAUGGAUACUUCUUACUGAAAUAUUCCCCAUGAAGAGUAGGAACAUAACUUGUAGCAUUUGUUCCACGCUGUCUUUCAUUCUCAGUUUUUUUAUGACCAAGUAUUAUCCAAAUGUCGUCGAUUUAGUGGAUUUCUACAAUACAUUUACUAUAUUCGGAUUUGGAGGUUUGAUCGGUUGUGUGUAUUUUUAUUUUUUUCUACCUGAAACUGAAAACAAGACAUUGAAAGAAAUAUCGGAGUUUUUCAAAUAAACUAAAAAAAAAGGCAAUUUUGAGCAAAAAUGUGUUGUACGAGACUAUCGUAGUAAUAAUAUAUAUAUUAUCAAGUAUUUAAAUUUAUUGUAUACCAUGUAUUGAUGUAUGUAAAUAAUGAACACAAAUAAUUAACCAUUUAAUAAGAUACAUAUUAUGCUUAGUGUUUGUAGUUUGUACACUAUUUGUCCACAUUUAGCUGAUAUACUAGAUAUAUUUUGUACAUUUGUUUUAACUACAUAUUAGAUAUUCUUUCUUUUUUUAAAUGUAAAUAAAAUAAUUAAAAUUAGUACUAUUAGAUUUUUCUA